AUGGCUGCAACAUCUGAUACCAAUGGUACCUCGAUCCACCAUGACGCGAUCAAACGCCUCCCCGAUGCAUUCUACGAUGACUUCCUUUCCGACCUUGCCAAAGAAAGGAAGCCGAGCGCAAUCCGUAGUUUGUUCCCACUGGAGAAAACCCCCGGUUUGAUCUCCCUUUUGGCGGGCAAGCCGAAUGCUUCGACAUUUCCGUUCACCUCCCUGACUUUCAAUGCGCGUUCGCCCAUCAACCCUGAAGAAGAAACGACGCUCACCGUCUCGGGAGAUGAUCUCGCACAAGGGUUGCAAUACGGCGACACUGCCGGCUUGAAAGCCCUUCUCGAUUGGCUUCAUGGUCUCCAGGAACGCAACCACGGACGCAAAUCUGGAGAAGGCUGGAGAAUAUCAAUCGGUUCGGGGUCUCAGGAUUUGAUUUACAAAGCUGUCGCUGCGAUGGUCAACCCUGGUGAUUCUGUUCUGGUCGAAUCUCCUGUCUAUGCCGGUGUUAUUCCGAUGUUCCACAGUUUGCACUGUAAUCAGAUCGAAGUAAACACAGACUCCCAAGGGAUACAGUCAGCUUCCCUGAGAACAAUUCUAGAACAAUGGCCUGAGGGAACACCCAAGCCUAAAGUUCUAUAUACGGUGCCGUAUGGGUGUAACCCAACAGGGAUGACAGCAACUCUGGAGAGACGCAAAGAAGUUCUCAAGUUAGCCCGAGAGCACAAUUUUAUUAUCCUGGAAGACGAUCCCUACUUUUACCUCUACUACGGCAAGGCGCCGAGAUACCCAUCGUACUUUGCGUUGGAGCUUGAAGAGCCAGAGGUCGGCCGUGUACUCCGGUUCGACAGCCUGUCGAAGAUUCUGUCUGCCGGCAUACGCAUCGGCUUCGCGUCAGGUCCGGAAGCCCUCCUCAAGGCAAUAGACCAACAUACGGCGACGUCCAACUUGCAGACUUCUUCUCUCACACAAGCGAUCGUGUUUAAAUUGCUUGAUUCAUGGGGAUACGAAGGCUUCCGUAUCCAUACUGAGCGUGUUUCCGCGUUCUACGCUGCGAAGAGGGAUGUGUUUGAGCGCGCAAUGAACAAAUACCUUACUGGCCUCGCGGAAUGGAGUACCCCUGAAGCAGGCAUGUUCUUCUGGUUCAAACUGCGUCUGAACGACACUCCCGACGCAGACGCGCAUGCGGACUCGGGCGAUUCCGCAGCCGUGAUCAGAACCAAAGCCGUCGAAAAGGGCGUGCUCGCGCUGCCAGGCACCGUCUUCCUUCCCAACGGGCGCGCGACACCGUACGUCCGCGCGUCGUUCAGCUUAAUCGGGGAGGAGGACGUGGAUAAGGCCAUACAACGAUUGCGGGACGCGAUUCUCGACGCGCGCGUUGCUUCUGGUUCGACUGCGUGA